CCAGUCAGUGGCCACAUGCAAUGGGUGGGAGCUGAACAACUUAACGCCUAUCUAUCUAAACUGGGACGUCAAGUUCUUCCAACUACAUAUAUCGUGCGUAAACAUAACGGAUCUGGACAUAGAAAACGACAUUUCCAUUACGGCCGCGGGAGCGACAGGGUGGGGCUUGUCUUUUUACAUCGAAGCAACAAUUUAUCCUCGAUAACUUUGCUGCAGCAGGUGGUCACCGUGUGGCAGUGGACAAUCACUGUGAAUGAAUAUGGAAAUAUGAAGUUGUUUUAUGACAACGCGUAGACUGAUAUGAACUGAAGGCUUAUUGUCUUACGUGAAAGGUGUGAAAAAUGUUUGGUGCGUGCAUCUAGAGAUCAGGUCGUGUUUUUUUGUACGAAUACUUCUUUAGUUCAACACGAUUGAGUGAGACUCAAAAUAAUUGCUGUCUUCAGAAACUUUUAUUACAUUUUGCGGUGAAACUAUGGCUUUUGCUAGAUUAAGCCAAAUACUUCGCUUGUCUUCUUUUGACAUGAAAAAGAAGACAAAGCGAUAUGAACACGUUCAUCGAGACAUCAAUCCUAAUGACCAAUGGGAAAUUAUCGGAGAAUUGGGUGAUGGAGCGUUUGGAAAAGUUUACAAGGCCAAAAACAAGGAGACUGGAGAGCUGGCUGCGGCCAAGGUGAUUGAGACAAAGACUGAAGAGGAGCUGGAGGACUACAUGGUGGAGAUAGACAUCCUGGCCAAGUGUGACCACCACUACAUUAUCAAGCUGCUAGAUGCCUUCUACCACGACGCCAAGCUCUGGAUCAUGAUUGAGUUCUGCCCCGGAGGAGCCGUGGACGCAACUAUGUUAGAGCUGGACCGGGGCCUGAUAGAGCCCCAGAUCCAGGUAAUCUGUAAACAGAUGCUGGAGGCCCUGGUCUACCUGCACAGCAUCAAGAUCAUCCACAGAGACUUGAAGGCCGGGAACAUCCUUCUUACACUGGAGGGAGACAUCAAGUUAGCGGAUUUUGGCGUGUCAGCGAAAAAUACCAAAACUCUGCAAAGAAGGGACUCUUUUAUAGGAACACCAUACUGGAUGGCUCCUGAGGUGGUGAUGUGUGAGACCAUGAAGGACGCUCCGUAUGACUACAAGGCUGACAUCUGGUCCCUGGGCAUCACCCUGAUCGAGCUGGCCCAGAUCGAGCCCCCGCACCACGAACUCAACCCCAUGAGGGUCCUGCUGAAGAUAGCCAAGUCUGAGCCCCCUACCCUGGAGCAACCCAGCAAGUGGUCACGGGAGUUUAAGGAUUUCCUGAAAAAGUCGUUGGAUAAGAAUCCAGAGAGUCGGCCAGACGCAGCACAGCUCUUGGAGCACCCCUUUGUCUGCUCGGUGAAGACCAAUAGACCCCUGCAAGAGCUGGUUGCCGAGGCGAAGGCUGAAGUCAUGGAGGAAAUUGAGGACAAUAGAGAGGAAGGAGAGGAGGAUGACACCGCUGAGCUCACAGUCCCAGUGUCUCCAGACAAGGACCCGUCUCAGUCUAGUCUAGACGGGGACCAACCCACAGACACACCCUCCAAAACCCCUGUGGUGGACGAGGCCAAACUCCCCCUACGACCACCCCACAAGGUCGAUGACCAGCUGAUGGACCGACAACUCCCCGACGAUGGCAUCAGCAUUGUGGACUCGGACAAGCCCGAGAGCGAGACCUCCGGUAAGACUGCCUCUGACUCGGGCAUCGAGGAUGGAAAGAGCACCCCCACUUCGGACGAGGGCAAGCCCGUGGACACCCCCGAGACCGAGAACCCACCCCUGCUGGCACAGCCCAAGGUGGUAGAGGUACCAGAGAUACCCCAAAGCCAGGAGGAGGGCAGCAGCAGCACCCUUACCCCAGACCCCACACCUCUGAUCGGGAUGAAUGGCAGCAUGAGGAGUGGGCCUCCGGAGAGGGCCUCUAUAGGGGCUAACAUGGAUAACCUGAUGCCCCACCACAAUGCCAAUGGCAGAAUUUCCAAGAGGUACUCUGACGCGGGAAGCAUGUCUGCCUCUGAGAGCAUGGACAUCAGCCUCAACCUGUCAGGAGACAUGUCAGUCAACAAGGACGACGGGACCCUCUCCUCCAGGGUGGACUCUCGCUUCUCCAAUAAGACAUUGAAGCGCACCAGGAAGUUUGUCAUCGACGGCGUGCAGGUCAGUGUGACCACAUCCAAGAUCAUCAGCGACGAUGAGAAGAAAGAUGAAGAGAUGAGGUUUCUCAGGCGUCAGGAGCUGCGGGACCUGCGUCUGCUGCAGAAGGAGGAGCACCGUGCUCAGGCCUUACUCAACACCAAGCUGGACGCUCAAAGAGAGCAAAUGCAGCGACGCUUCGACCAGGAGAUGAACGUGAAGAAGAAGUACUACGACACGGAGCUGGAGACCCUGGAGAAGCACCAGAAGCAGACCAUUGAGAAGAUGGAGACGGACCACACCGUGAGGCUCAGGGACGAGACCAAACGCAUCCGCGCCGAACAGGACCGCGACUACACCAAGUUCCAGGAGCAGAUGAAGCACAAGAAGAAGGAGGUGAAGAAUGAGGUUGAGAAGCUCCCCAGAAAGUCCCGGAAAGAUACCAUGAAGCAGAGAAUGAACAGCUUUACACAGAUGAAGCAAACGGAGGAGCAGAACUUCCUGUCGGACCAGAAGAACCACCUGGACACAACGCUGAAGAGCAUAAUCUUAGAGAACAAGAGGGAUAUCUCCGAAACGGAGAGGCAGUGUCUCGACAAGAAACAACACCUCGUCAGAGAAAGGGAAGCUACUAUCUGGGACCUAGAGGAGAAAAACCUUCAUGAGAAGCACCAGUUGCUGAAACAGCAGCUCAAAGACCAGUAUUUCCUCCAACGCCACCAGCUGCUCAAGAAGCAUGAGAAGGAACAAGAGCAGAUGCAGUGCUAUAACCAGCGGAUGAUUGAGGUGCUGAAGGCCCGGCAGCAGCAGGAGAAGGGUCGCAUGCCCAAGAUCCAGCGCAGUGAGGGCAAGACCCGCAUGGUCAUGUUCAAGAAGAGCCUCCGCAUCAACUCCACGGGCAGCGCCUCGGAGGACCGCGAGAAGAUCAAACAGUUUGCCCAGCAGGAGGAGAAGCGUCAGAAGGCUGAGCGGCUGCACCAGCAGCAGAAGCAUGAGAGCCAGAUGAGGGACAUGAUUGGCCAGUGUGAAGGCAAUGUCAUGGAGCUGGAGCAGCUACAGAAUGAGAAGUGCCACCUGCUGAUUGAGAAUGAGACUCAGAGGCUCAAGUCUCUGGAUGAGCAGCACAACCACCAGCUCAAUGAGUGGAGGGAGCAGCUCAAGCCCAGGAAAACGGCUCUGGAGGAAGAGCUGAACCAGAGAAAGAGGGACCAGGAGGACUUCUUUAAGAUGAGUGAGGACUCCGAGUGCCUCAGCCCCAGCUCCCCAAACAAACUCACCAAGUUCCUCCCUUACUCUGAGUCCUCUACCACAUAGCCUGGCAUCUCUUCCCCUCUAAACACCCACCUAUCUCCCUGUCAGGACCAACCCUAACCUCUUACCCCACAUCAUAACCUGAAAGACCACUGCCAGAUGCCUCAGCCUCACCAGAAACGCUUGACUAGAUAGUCUUCCUCCUGAACUUUUCUUUAAUUUUUAAGAAAUAUUUAUGUUUUAAGUCAUGUUUAUAACAUUUUAUCAUUUGAUUAAGCCAAGAUGUCAAGGCUUGGUCAUAUUUUAUUUUGAAGAUGGUCUAAUUCCACAUGCGUGUCAGGCUGCUUGAUAGGAUCUUAUUCAUCCAUGCAGUGUUUCCUUUUUAAUUCUCUUUUUUUAUAGUCUUCAGAUCCCCAUUGGAUUACUAUGUGACCAGUAAGCAUGAGGCUAACCUGUAAGUUAGUUAGGAGCGUGUGGUGGGGAGAGGCAUCCCAUAUCCCAAAGAGGGUCAGCUGGGGAACAGUGUUUCAGGUGGAAUGUGGAAAAUAAACCAAAAUGUACUUCAGACAAUGCUGUAUUGGUGGGAGCCAAUGAAUAAGCAGUUUUGUUUCACUGCAAUAUUUGUCUUCAUCCAAAACAGUCUCUCGCAUAAUGAACACACUGAAAUAUGACCAUUCAAUCUCUCUUACUUUGCCAUUGUGUGGCUUGGCUCAACAGCCUUUUAGUUCAAAGCAGAUGAGUCAUCCCACCGAUACAGUGCCUUUUGAGUAGUGUAAUUUGGUAAAAAAAAACAACGUAUUUUAACAUUCUGUCAUAAAGAGCAAAUGUUCAACUUAAUUGAAAAAAAGUCAAGAGGUUAAAUACAAAAAUAACUAUAGAAAGUGCCUAUUAAGUGCCAAAUAAAGUAGCAGAGCUGACGACUUCAUCUUAAAUCAGCCAUAAAUCCCCUUGUGACAGGGGGAAUGGAAGCUUGUGUGCAACAGGGAGGGGCCAUUGAAUGAAAGCUUUACCCCAAAAAUUUUAUUGUUAGAAAAUGUCUAGCCUGUCUGUCUAUGGGUAACAGGGUUGACGUGUUAUUCUAGCCUGUCUGUCACAGGGUUGACGUGUUAUUCUAGCCUGUCUGUCAAUGGGUAACAGGAUUGACGUGUUAUUCUAGCCUGUCUGUCUAUGGGUAACAGGAUUGACGUGUUAUUCUAGCCUGUCUGUCUAUGGGUAACAGGGUUGACGUGUUAUUCUAGCCUGUCUGUCUAUGGGUAACAGGGUUGACGUGUUUUGCUCGACCUGCUCAGUUUUCCACCAGAAAAUGUCCAAAAAGAGUAAAACCAUCUCACCUGCUUUUACACUAUGAUUUGAAUAUUAGAUGUUAAAUGUCUCUUGAAAGUAAAUUUUUUUUUUUUUUAAAGGAAUAAUUUCACUAUAUAAUAACGAGAGUUCAGUUCACGUAACAGGGUAUGACAUUAAAAUGAGGGCCUUUUUUUUUUUUUACCAAUGAAUCACUAAUAACAUGAACCAAAUUAUUUUCAGAAAUUACUGUCAAAGCAACACAAAAACUAGGGCUUUACAAUGAUGGUGAAAACCUGGAGCCGUUUUGGGGUUAAGUGGGAUAAAAUAUUCCUAGAAGUCACAGAUGCACACUUUAGCAAGUCUUUAUUCAUAUUAAAAAUCUGAUUUAUUGAAUGUUACAUCUAUAUUGAAGGACACUUGCACAAUUUGUACUUGAAAUAUCAAAGGGACGCAUUUCGUGGAACAACCCAGAUGUAUUUACUUGCCAAUUUUUAUUUAUUUUUAUGUUUUUUUUUUUUUUUAAACAUUUGUUCAUAUUACUUUAAAAAGAGCAGAGCAUGAUCUUCAGAAUUCUGAGGACACAUAAUGAAUGGAAUUCCCACUGAAAUCAUUUUUCAACGCUGUACAUAUUAACCUAAAAAUGCUGAAAAGUCUUCACUGUCAGAUUGUGUGGAUUGACAGAUCUGCUUAGUUAGUUUUUACCUUUUUUAUUUGGAUGAGGUGAGCUUAUGAAAAUGGGAGAAGUCAGGGAAAAUGUCAUUUUUAAUUCAAGGUUGAAGAACAAAUUAUUGUUUUUGGAGGUCUAGGAAAGACUGGUUGUGACUCAUUUCAAGUUAAAAUGUCUCUGACAUGUUUAUUUCUGUGCUGCAUAUUUACUGUAAAGGCGAUACUAGUACACUGGAUGGGAACUAACGAAGCCAAAUCGGAAUACUGUCGUCAUUGAAGGAAUCUUAAGAGGUAGAAGAUCAGAAUUUAAUUAAAUGUGUAUUAUUAGGGUUAUUGAUUGUGUUUCGAUGUUUAUAUUAAAUGCACUGUCAGCUUUAAACUGAUAUUUUUGCUCCAUCAAAUGUACCUUUCUUUGCACUGAGAAGGGUAUACCAGGUUCUUUGAGGGAGUGCAUCGUUUUUCCCCCCAUCAUUCUUUUUUUUUAUUAUUGUUAUUUUGAAAAACUUUUUGCAGGUGAUAUGUAUCUGUCUGCUUUUGAAAAUGGGCCUUGUUUUCAGACCAACUAUACCUGUUUAAUGUCCAGUAAUCAGGUCAACUAUCAGGUACAUCUACUCUCUCGCUCACCAACAAUGUUUCUCUUCUUUUGUCAUUUGUAAUGACUGCCUCGUUCCCUCUGUUUACCUGUUUAGCUGUAUUUGUAAGGGAUGUGAGUGAAGGUGACUGUUCAACAGAAGGAACCACUGUUGUACAUAAGUCUAAUAAAGGCAAAUGUUCUUAUGUCUA